GAAGGGAGCACAUGCUAAAGACUGUUCUUUCCCAAAUAGGCUAAUUACAAGUAACCUGUGUGCACAGCUGAAAGCCUCAAGAGGAAUUUGGCAGGAUGAAGCCUGUCAUUGUGGUGCAUGGUGGAGCUGGCCGGAUCUUUAAAGAACGAGAAGAGGGCAGCCGUGCUGGUGUUGUCAGAGCUGCACUGCAAGGUUAUGGUGUCCUCAAACAGGGAGGCAGUGCUUUGGAUGCAGUUGAGGAGGCAGUACGAUCAAUGGAGGAUGAUCCUCAUUUUAAUGCAGGCUGUGGAUCUGUUCUAAAUGAAAAAGGUGAAGUAGAAAUGGAUGCCAUUAUCAUGGAUGGAAAAAAUUUAGACUCUGGAGCAGUAUCUGCAGUUAAAUGUAUAGCAAAUCCAAUAAAACUUGCUCGACUUGUCAUGGAAAAGACGAAGCACAUGCUGCUGACUGACUCUGGUGCACACCUGUUUGCUCAGGCCAUGGGUAUUCCUGAGAUUCCAGGGGAGAAACUCAUAACUCAGAGAUCCCAGGAGAGAUGGAAGAAGAACCUUGAGCCAGAUUCCAACCCUGAAGAGUUUCAGAAAGACCUUGGAACAGUCGGUGCUGUUGCUAUAGACAGUGAAGGAAAUGUAGCUUGUGCAACAUCCACUGGAGGACUAUCUAAUAAAAUGAUUGGCCGUGUUGGUGACACAGCAUGCAUAGGAAGUGGAGGUUAUGCUGAUAACCAUUCUGGUGCUACUUCAACCACAGGACAUGGAGAGAGCAUUAUGAAAGUGGUCUUAGCCCGACUGAUCCUCCACCACAUGGAGCAAGGAAUGUCACCAGAGAUGGCUGCUGACGCUGCAUUAGACUACAUGAAGACACGAGUUGGGGGCUUGGGCGGUGUCAUUGUUGUUAGCAAUUCAGGAGAGUGGGCAGCAAGGUUCUCUACCAAGCAGAUGUCCUGGGCUACUGUAGAAGAUGACCAGUUGCAUUAUGGGAUUUAUGCUGGGGAGAUGCAUACAAAAUCUGUUGAUGAAGCACUUAUAUCUGAACGUGAGGGAUUUUGAGAAUGAAAAAACAUCAGCUGAGGAAGAAUGAAGAUCUCAAAUUUUUGCUGCAGGACGAUGACAGUUGAUUUCAUCUUUCUGAAAGAUCUCUUUUGAUUGGUUCACAGGCAU